UUAAUGUCAGUCGUUGGUGAAAUUCAGAGUAAAGAUAACAUAAUCCGAACAACUGAAAAGCACCAGAAAUAUUAUUCAAUUUUCUGCAGCCACCAAAAUCUCAGCCAAAAACCAAACACACAAAAUUUGCAGACCAAGAGAGAGAGAGAGAAAGAGAGAGAGAGAGAGAGGUGCAGAUGGCAAUGGCGACGGCGCUUCGUAGGCUUUCAUCUUCCGUCAACAAACCAAUCAAGCGUCUUUACAAUGGCGGCUCUCUAUAUUACAUGUCUUCUUUGCCGAACGAAGCUGUGUACGAGAAGGAAAAGUCGCGUGUCACGUGGCCAAAGCAGUUGAAUGCCCCGCUUGAGCUGGUUGAUCCUGAAAUCUCUGACAUUAUCGAGCUCGAGAAAGCCAGACAAUGGAAGGGCCUUGAGCUAAUUCCCUCGGAGAAUUUCACAUCGGUCUCUGUGAUGCAAGCAGUUGGGUCCAUAAUGACUAACAAAUACAGUGAAGGAUAUCCGGGUGCUAGAUACUAUGGAGGAAAUGAGUACAUUGACAUGGCAGAAUCCUUGUGCCAGAAACGUGCUUUGGAAGCAUUUCGGUUGGAUCCUUCCAAGUGGGGAGUCAAUGUGCAGCCUCUAUCAGGAUCUCCAGCUAAUUUUCAAGUUUACACUGCACUACUGAAGCCUCAUGACAGAAUCAUGGCACUUGAUCUUCCUCAUGGUGGGCAUCUGUCACAUGGCUAUCAGACUGACACAAAAAAGAUAUCUGCAGUCUCCAUAUUUUUUGAGACCAUGCCCUAUAGAUUGAAUGAGAGCACUGGGUAUAUUGAUUAUGACCAGAUGGAGAAAAGUGCCACCCUCUUCAGACCAAAAUUAAUAGUUGCCGGUGCCAGUGCUUAUGCACGUCUUUAUGAUUAUGCACGUAUUCGUAAGGUUUGUGACAAGCAGAAAGCUAUCAUGUUGGCAGAUAUGGCACACAUUAGUGGGCUGGUUGCAGCUGAUGUCAUCCCAUCUCCCUUUGAGUGCGCAGAUGUGGUGACCACCACAACCCACAAGUCACUUCGUGGGCCACGUGGUGCCAUGAUUUUCUUCAGGAAGGGAGUGAAAGAGGUUAACAAACAGGGCCAAGAGGUGAUGUAUGAUUAUGAAGACAAGAUUAAUCAGGCUGUCUUUCCCGGACUUCAAGGCGGACCGCACAAUCACACAAUUACUGGCUUAGCUGUUGCACUGAAGCAGAUGGAGAAAAGUGCCACCCUCUUCAGACCAAAAUUAAUAGUUGCCGGUGCCAGUGCUUAUGCACGUCUUUAUGAUUAUGCACGUAUUCGUAAGGUUUGUGACAAGCAGAAAGCUAUCAUGUUGGCAGAUAUGGCACACAUUAGUGGGCUGGUUGCAGCUGAUGUCAUCCCAUCUCCCUUUGAGUGCGCAGAUGUGGUGACCACCACAACCCACAAGUCACUUCGUGGGCCACGUGGUGCCAUGAUUUUCUUCAGGAAGGGAGUGAAAGAGGUUAACAAACAGGGCCAAGAGGUGAUGUAUGAUUAUGAAGACAAGAUUAAUCAGGCUGUCUUUCCCGGACUUCAAGGCGGACCGCACAAUCACACAAUUACUGGCUUAGCUGUUGCACUGAAGCAGGCAACAACCCCAGAAUACAAAGCCUACCAAGAGCAAGUCCUCAGUAAUUGCUUGAAGUUUGCACAGACUUUGACUGAGAAGGGCUAUGAUCUUGUUUCUGGUGGAACCGAGAACCACUUAGUUUUGGUGAAUUUAAAAAGAAAGGUAAAUGAAGAAAAUUCUCUAGUGAACAGCUUGGGUAUUGAUGGUUCCAGGGUUGAAAAGGUGUUGGAAGCUGUUCACAUUGCAGCCAACAAAAACACUGUUCCUGGAGAUGUGUCUGCCAUGGUUCCUGGUGGCAUCAGGAUGGGAACUCCUGCUCUCACUUCAAGGGGAUUUGUCGAAGAGGACUUUGCUAAAGUUGCUGCAUUCUUUGAUGCUGCUGUGAAGUUAGCUUUAAAGAUUAAAGCCGAAACCAAAGGGACAAAGUUGAAGGACUUUGUGGCCACGUUGCAGUCCAGUGAUCCCAUCCAAUCCGAGACUACAAAGCUCCGGCAUGAGGUGGAGGAGUAUGCAAAACAGUUCCCAACUAUUGGAUUUGAGAAAGAAACCAUGAAAUACAAAAACUGAGGAAGAAGUUCUACAUGCCAGGUAGCAGAAUCGAAGAUCAAAUAAUUUUACUACUUAGUUAAUUGGGGAUGAAGUUAUAUGUUGACUGUAUAUCAAGGAUCUUUGAGAUAACGGAGUGGUCAUGUGGGCUUACUCCAAAUGGUCACAGGCUCAAACCUCAUCCCCUCCCAAAAAAAAAGAAAGAUGUAAUUUACUAUCUUCAUAUGUAUAAACUAUAAAGUACUCCAGCAAAAUGUUAAUUUCCAUAUUCGCCCGAAGUGUAUAUGUACAUUACCUGAGGCUCUAUAACGCAAUGAACUUGCUGUUGAUUUCAAUAAAGUUACUUUAUGCAUAAGCAUAAUGGUUUAAACAGAC